GAAAACACAGUAGGACAGCAGUGCAACGCAUGCGAGGAUGGUGCUUUUGGCAUAGGGGCCAGUAACUCUAAAGGAUGUCUGGAGUGCGUUUGUAUGGGUGUCACCUCAAACUGUGCAUCGGCUGGAGUCCAUAUGAGAUCCGUGAGUCACAUUUUACUUAAAAUUUUUACCAUUCAAUUUGAGACGAUAUGGAGUUGUAACGAAUGAAUGAGGCGUGGACCAUGGUCAAGCUCAUAAAAGUUUUUUUAAAAAGAAUCGUUUUAUGCCCUUUUUUAAAACUUUAUUUCAGGAAUUGCUUCAGCUUGUUAACAAUUCAGAAUCUGGGAUGUCCUCACUACUUCAACUGACCAGUGAAAACUCCACUGUUUUUGAUCUUCCUGUCCAUGUGGACAUCAACGUGACAUCUGGUCUUGUGAUUUACAUUCAAGCUGAACUGCCGCAGUUGUUCUGGAAACUCCCUGACUCCUAUGUAUCCAACCUGCUUUCAGUCUACGGCUCAGAUGUUGUCUUCACCGUCAAUUAUGUGCUUGUGUCUGGAAAACCAAUAGCCAAUCUGACCGCCAUACUGAUCGAUGCAGAGGGGGACAAACUGAGUCACUCUAUUGUUAAUGUCACUCAUGGGCACGACUCGACCCACAGGGUCACUUUAAAGGAAGAAAAUUGGUUGAAAGUUAAAAGUUCCUCACCCCCAACGCGUGGAGAGUUUCUCAAAGCACUGCACACAGCUGAAGCACUUCUCAUCCCUGCA